CAAUGAAGACUGGUAGUUUCUGAGGUAGCCUUCUGCUGGUAAGCAAAUAUAGCAAAAAUAGCAACAACCAGGUCACAGAAUACCUUGUCAGGCUCACAAAAUGCCAAUGAAGAGGAAGCCAGAGGCAACCUGUUUUCUCACAAUCAGUCUCACCAACUAGAGUAAGGGGGAGCAUGGGCCUGGCCAGAGUUUUCUUAAUCAGAUGUACCUUUAGCCAGGAAAUUGUCCUUAUCUCUAGAAUGGAAGAAAAUGCCUGUGUGUGCUAGUACUCUGCCCCCUGAAACAUUUGGAUAGCACAGGGCAAGAGGAGGUAGAAUCAGGGCCAGCCGGAUUCAAGCAAGAGAGAGGGGAGACACCCAUGCUGAAGGGUAGCCAUCCCAUCCAAGAAUCAUAAGACAGGAGGAAAGAGAAGAAGGUGCCACCCAGCCCUGUGAGGCACCAUGAUUGAAAACCUCCACCUACAGAGUGAUAUGAAGAAUCUCUCUAGAGAGCAGGAUCUCUCGGAUAGCGUGUUCUUCUCUGAAAAUGACAACAGUCUGUAUUUCACAUACAGUGGCCAGUCCAACACUCUGGAGAUCAGGGACCUCAACUACCAGAUUAAAGGGGCCUCCCACAUGCCAUGGUAUGAGCAACUUACCGAGUUCAAAAUGCCUUAUUUGUGGAACCGAGGCCAGGAUUCCCCUGUGCUUGUGAUCCAGAAUCUGAAUCUGAAAGUGAGGAGUGGCCAGAUGCUGGCUAUCAUGGGGAGCUCAGGUUAUGGAAAGUCCUCCCUGCUGGAUGUGAUUACCUGCAGAGAACGUGGAGGCAAAGUUAAGUCGGGCCAGAUUCUAAUUAACGGUCAGCCAAGCACACCCCAGCUGGUGAAGAAAUGCAUCGCCCACGUGCGGCAGCAGGACAGCCUUCUCCCCAACUUGACCGUGUGGGAGACCUUAUUAUUUGUCGCGCAGCUCCGCCUACCAAGAGCCUCCUCACACGCCGAGCGCAAAAAGAGGGUAGAAGAGGUGAUAGCUGAGCUCCGGCUGCGGCAGUGCGCGAACACCCGAGUGGGGAAUGAGUACGUGAGGGGCGUGUCUGGUGGUGAGAGGAGACGAGUCAGCAUCGGGGUGCAGCUACUGUGGAAUCCUGGAAUCUUAAUACUGGAUGAGCCUACAUCGGGCUUAGACAGCUUCACAUCCCAUAACCUUGUGAAAACUUUAUCCAGGCUGGCAAAAGGCAACAGAUUAGUGCUGAUAUCGCUUCACCAGCCUCGCUCAGAUAUCUUCAAGUUGUUUGAUUUGGUCCUCCUGAUGACCUCUGGGAUCACCAUUUACUCAGGAGCAGCUCGGGACAUGGUGAAGUAUUUCACGGGAAUUGGCUACCCCUGUCCGAGGUAUAGCAAUCCUGCGGAUUUCUAUGUUGAUUUGACCAGCAUUGACAGAAAGGAUAGCCAGCGAGAGAUGGCCAGCAGAGAGAAGGUCAAGUCUCUUGCUGCCUUGUUUCUGAAGAAGGUUCGAGACUUUGAUGACUUCUUGUGGAGAGCUGGGGAAAGUGUGCUGAAUGUGUCGGAGGAGCCAAGAUCUCACAUCAUUUCAGAGAAGACCAUUAACGUAUCAUCACCUUCUUACCACCAGCUACCAGGAUCAAUGCAACAGUUCACCAUUCUAAUUCGCCGACAGAUUUCCAAUGACUUCAGGGACCUGCCGACAUUGCUGAUCAAUGGGUUAGAGGCCCUUCUGAUGUCCAUGAUAAUUGGAUUUCUGUAUUAUGGCCAUGGAGAAAUCCAGCACUCCUAUAUGGACAUGGCUGCUCUCCUGUUCCUGAUUGGGUCUCUGGUUCCCUUCCCAGUGAUUCUGCAUGUUAUUGCAAAAUGUCAUUCUGAAAGGGCAAUGCUUUAUCAUGAACUUGAAGAUGGGAUGUAUUCUGCUGGCCCAUAUUUCUUUGCUAAGGUUUUAGGAGAGAUUCCAGAGCACUGUACUUAUGUGGUCAUUUAUGGGAUUCCUAUCUAUUGGCUAGCAAACCUGCGGCCAGAGCCAAACCAUUUCAUGCUGAGUUUCUUGCUGAUGUGGCUUGUGGUCUACUGCAAUCGGACCAUGGCGCUGUGGUGUGCGGCCUCGCUGCCAACUCUCCACCUGUCCUACUUCAUGGUCAACGCUCUGUUCAACUCUUUUUACCUAGCAGGGGGCUUUAUAAUAAGCAUAGAAAACCUAUGGACAGUACCAGCUUGGAUCUCCAAAGUAUCCCCUCUCCGAUGGUGCUAUGAAGGAUUAAUGCAGAUUCAAUUUAAUGGACUCACUUACAUGAUGCAGUUUGGAAACAUUACCAUCCCAGUAGAAGGAGACCGUAUAGUUGAUGCUCUGGAUCUGAAUUCAUACCCAUUGUAUGCUAGCUAUGCUGUAAUUGCUGGCAUUAGUAUUGUCUUCGUUGUCUUCUACUACUUGUCCCUACGGUUUAUCAAGCAGAAAUCAAGCCAAGAUUGGUGAUAAAAGGUUGAAUACUUGGCGUGUGCUGUAGGUUAUGGCGCAGACUUGAGUUACGCCACUAACUCUACUCUCCACUGAGAAGUCUCUCCCUCAAGAUUCCUACUGGAUGAAGAGCAGCCCAGAGACUUACCCAUCCAAAGCACUGAUCCCCAUCCUCUGGACCAUAAGAUGAUGCAGUGGUACUUGCAAGCCACAGGAUGGCAGCAGAAUAAAGACAGUUGAAAGUCAAUUUCAA